CAGCCAGUGGGUGCAGCGGAACUAGGCUUGUAGGGUCUCUCUCUUCCUCUCCCCCCUUCCUACCCCGCCGUCGCCGCCGCCGCCGACGAAAAUGUUGGCGGCUCGCCGCCACGCCGCCUCCACUUCCGGUCCCCUCCUCCUCCGGCGCCUCUCCGCCCAGCCCAAGCCCAAGGCCCCUGCGCCAUCACCUCCUCCGCCUCCGCCGUCGGACGAGGGGGCCGCAGCGUGGGCCCGUCGCGCGGCCGCGCUCUCGCUGCUGGGGCUCACCGGCGCCGUCGCCGCCAGCGCCUUCAGCGACCUCUCCGUCUUCCUCUCCUGCUCCAGCCAGGCAAUGGAGAAGGCUACCAAGAACAAGCAGGUAGCGAGCGCGAUCGGCGAGCCCAUCACGCGGGGUCCCUGGUACAGCGCGUCCAUCGCCGUGAACCGCGCGAGGCGCUCCGUCUCGUGCACUUUCCCGGUGUCGGGGCCCCAAGGCGACGGGCUUCUCAAGUUCAAGGCUGUUCGCUUGGGAGAGGAAUCAUGGUUCCGGUUUCUACAGCGCAGCGACUGGGAGAUACUCAUAAUGGACGCCAUCCUUGACGUUCGUGCCGAAGAUGGCAAGCGCCAGACAAUGAGGGUGACGGUCGCAGACAACACGGCAGCUCCACCACCACCAGCUGACUGCAGGACAUGCAAGCCCCGGGCAACGCCAAAGCCGAAGCCUACAGCAGUGCCGACGCCGCUGCCUACAUCGGCGCCACCUCCGGCUCAGGAGAAGUGACGAUCUCAUCUGGAGAGAUGCUCUUUGGUGGGUGGUGUGGACAUAGCUAGCGUGGAGUGAUUGUUUCGCCACGCCUCAUUCCUGGGAGAGAUCGAGAAAUAAAGUAGUGCGCACUGGACCAACUAAGCAGAAGAUCGGAUUGUUUUUCUCGUACGUUGGGCGGAUGAUGCAGCCUAGAAUAGGUUACACGGGUGUUUGUUUCGCGGCGCGGCCAGACCACGGAAUACUAUCUAUCUCACAAGACUAUAACUGUCUUGUGACUUGCUAGUAGCAAGGGCAGAAUUUUGAGUGGAUCUCAAAUUCUUUUGUUGGUUCAUCAUUCAUUCAUGAUA